AUGCCUGUCACACUUUCCUGGAGUUAUACCCGGACUCUGGCAGUGGAAAACGAUACCCACAUGUCAGAAUUUCUCCUCAUGGGACUUUCCCAGGAGCCGGAAUUCCAGCCCCUCAUCUAUGUGAUCUUCCUGUCCAUGUACCUGAUUACGGUCUUAGGGAACCUGCUCAUCAUCCUGGCCACCAGAUCAGACCCCCGCCUCCACACGCCCAUGUAUUUUUUCCUCUGCAACCUGUCCCUAGUGGACAUCUGCUUCACCACCACCACCAUCCCCAAGAUGUUGGUGAACAUCCAGAGGAGGAGCCAAGCCAUCUCCUAUGUGGGCUGCAUCACACAGAUGUCUUGCUUCAUUCUUUUCGCGGGGUUGGACGACUUCCUUUUGACCGUCAUGGCAUAUGACCGCUUUGUGGCCAUCUGCCACCCCCUGCACUACACAGUCAUCAUGAACCCUCGCCUCUGUGGACUGCUGGUGAUGGGGUGCUGGGUGCUGGGUUUCUUAAAUUCUUCCAUGGAAGCCUCAGUGUGCUUGCGUCUGUCUUUCUGCACUGAGGUGGAGAUACCUCACUUUUUCUGUGAACUCGACCAGUUGAUAAAACUUGCUUGUUCUGACACUUUCCUGAAUAACUUGGUCAUGUACUGUGCCGCUCUCCUGCUGGGUGGGGGUCCUCUUCUCGGUAUUAUUUACUCUUAUUCCAAGAUCAUUUCCUCCAUCCGUGGUGUGGCAUCUGCUCAGGGCAGGUACAAGGCCUUUUCCACCUGCGCAUCCCACCUCUCCGUGGUCUCCUUGUUCUAUGGCACAAGCAUGGGGGUGUACCUGAGCUCCGCGGUGAGUGAGAGGGCAUAUCCAAGUGCUGUGGCCUCGGUGCUUUACACAGUGGUCACCCCCAUGCUGAACCCCUUCAUCUACAGCCUCCGGAACAAGGACAUCAAGAGGGCCUUGAGAAUGCUUUUUGUUCAGGGAACUGCAAAACGUUCAAUUGUCCAUCACUGGAUGGACAAUUUUGGAUUGUCCAUCCUUGGAUCAAAGCGCUGA